GAUUCUCAAAUCUCAACUGGUCCAAUAAUAGUACAACUGCUAUUUCAACUUCUCUUCCUUUCUCUGAUCUCAGGAGCAAAAGAAUCCAUUACAGUUCUAUCCAAUGCAAGAUCCGUUCAAUUCGAGGCCGACGAUGAACCAGCACCCGUUGUUCUCAUCCGCAUUGAAGCCGUCGCACCACCGGAGAGCUCACUCCGAGGUGAACUUCCGGUUGCCGGAGGAUCUGGAUCUGGCGUCGGACCCGUUCGAUGCGGCGCCGUCGGGAAGCUUCGAGGAGAUGGGAUCGGAGGAGGACUUCUUCUCCACCUACAUGGACAUGGACAAGCUCGGCGGCGGAUCUAGCGUUGCUGAUGCUUCUCCCGCCGCUGGAUCCGCUGACGGUUGCGGCGAUGGGGAGAAGCCCUUCGCCCGGCCCCGGCAUCGCUAUAGCAACUCCGUCGAUAGCUCGAGCUCGCUGCUCGGCGAGAGUACAAUCGAAGCCAAAAAAGCUAUGCCCCCUGAUAAACUGGCUGAACUUUGGACCAUUGAUCCCAAACGAGCUAAAAGGAUUCUGGCAAAUCGACAAUCAGCAGCUCGGUCAAAAGAGAGAAAGGCAAGAUAUAUAUCCGAACUCGAAAGGAAAGUGCAAACUCUUCAGACAGAAGCAACCACACUUUCUGCACAGCUUACACUUUUCCAGAGGGAUACCACAGGGCUCAGUAAUGAGAACACAGAGCUUAAACUUCGUUUGCAAGCCAUGGAACAACAAGCUCAAUUACGUGAUGCUUUGAAUGAAGCCCUAAAGAAUGAAGUUGAGAGGCUGAGAAUAGCCACAGGAGAAAUGUCAUCUUCUUCAUCUGAUGCUUACACCUUGGGAAUCCAACAGCACAGUCCUUACACCAAUAACCAAUCACCCUUCUUCCCACAAUUUCACUCCCUCCCACAGCCAAACACAUCCUCCUCCCAGCACAACCACCCUCCCGCCACCAUGCUCUCGUCUGCAUCUUUACAGGCUCUCACAGAUGCAUUUCAGCAGCAGGACCCUCUCGGGCGUUACCAAGGCCUCGACAUAAGUAGCAGCAGAGGGUCCCACCUUCUCAUGAAGAGCGAAUCCCCUCCCAUAUCCGCCGGUGAAACCAGCUCCUCUUGAAUUCUUAAUAUUUAUCAGAAUUGUUAAUAGGCUGACACCAUUUUUAACAUUCUUCAUAAUCAUUAUUUUUUUCUCCCCUUUUGUGCCAUUCAACUUGAGUUUUAGGGUUAUUAUCAUCUGUAGCUCAAAUGUGUCUGGAUAUUCUUUCAUGUUUCCUAUGGGAGGUGGAGACUCUUGCAUAGAUGAAUCUAUUCCAUUGUCUUACUUUUCGAUUAUGAAUUGUGCAAGUGUGUUUUCCCCCCUUUAAUUAUAUUCAUAAUGAAAUAAGCAUUUAAAUAUAACAAAUUAAUACUUCUUAAUAAUGUUAAUUAAAUCUGAUCUCUACUUCUGAGCAGGGCCCGGGAUAUAUUUUAGAAUCCAAAGAGUUGAAGAAGAUGUCAAAGUUGGGCACUACAAUCGAAGAAUAAAGAAGUUGGGCCAAGCCCAAAUUAGGACUAGACCCAUUCAUCCAAUUAACCCAGAAAAGACGGAAGAGGGGCGAGAGGGAGAGCAGAUCGGAAACAGCAUGUUGAUGUUAAAUUGUUCAAAUAUGAUUUAUUGAUUGAUUAUUGUCUCUGAAAUUAUAAAACCUUCUUAGGCCAAAUUGUUUGAUAAAAAGGAUUGAAUCUUUGAUUUGGUUUGUUUUUGUUGGAUUAAUUUGACUUUGAAGAAAUUUUAGUCUUUGUGCUACUGUCAAAUCUAAAUUCGAAAAGGUGUUUGAAAACAGGUCCUUGGGUUGUUAAGAAUAGUAGGGUCUAGAGUUAAGGCAGGUCUUAACAUAGGCUAUAUUAGGGAAAAUAGGGAAGAACCGCAGGUGGAUCUCUUCUUCAGCUUAACCCUGAGUUUAAUUAGCAGUUUAGUUUCAGGAUUAAGACAUAAUUAAUUGAUUAAUCGGAUUUGUUCAGUUUAUUUUCUAUUUAAACUAUAAGUAUUUUCAAAAUGGUUUAAGUUAAUUAUUAUUGUCUAUGUUUUUAUAAAGUUUAUUGUGUGAU